CCACCAUCGGCCAAUAUAACUGCCCCACAGGACAGUGGCAUAGCUGGAAGAAACAACGCAACCCCCGAGGGAUUAGAGGGAAAGGUUAAUCGAAUUCCGCCCGCAUCGGGAUGUGCACGAGAAUUCGCAAGGGCAUCAUUAACCCCAACUAUCCCGGCUUCCAGUCGCUGGCGUACACACUGAACGACGACCAUUUCGACUACAGCUCGGAGAACCCGUCCGACGAUGAGGAGGACUCGUACGUGUCGGAGUCGGACGAUAACGAGAUGAAGCGGCACGACCGGUGCGACGGUGUGGGCGAUGAGAAUGGCAAUUCUUACGGCGGAAGCGACGAUGGUGUGGAAAAGGAGCAACAGUUUUCAACUGGUGGGCACGAAACACCGUUCGUCUCGACACUCUACCCCGGCGCUACGACCGAGACGACAGGCGGGGAGAAAAUGUUCGGAAAUUUGCCCGUGCAACGGUCCCGGAUGCGACUCAUACCGAGCGGAUGCCAUUCGCCCACGUCGUUCACCACCGGCACCAGGAUGAUCGAGACAGAAGAAAAAAUAGACUCGAGCGCAAUCUACGCCUGUACACCCCCGGAUAUUGUCCUGCAGCAUAGCUGCGAGCAUCGACCGGCACCGUUCGGUACGCCGGACGAGCAGCUGAUGGCAUCGCUCGAGCAGUCGAACAUUCAGCGACCGGAUUUGAUUCCGGAACAGCAGCAGCAAGAGCAGAAGAAGAAUGAGCUCAACAGGCAAGAGUUCCAAUUGAAACAGCUCUCCAUCGAAGCGGACGAUAAUGUGCAUGAGGAGUUGGAUGUGGAGGAGGAGGAGGAGGAUAUGGAAUGCCCCAACGUAGACGAUGACAUUAAUGAGGAAGUGGAGGCAAUCGAAAGAAAUCUAACUCCGCCAUCUCCAGCGAUCGAGCGAGGCAUCGGCACGAUCUCGAUCUCGAACAGCUCAAACAGCAGUAGCCAUUUUCUUCGAAACGUUAGUCUCUCGCCCGAUCCGAUGCUGGAGGACGUGACACAAUGUUACGGUUCGGCCAGUGAUGCCACGCUGUCGGAUGAUUCGGAUCACUCCGAUCCGGAAUCGGACGAGGGCGAUGAGUUCGGUUAUCGGCCAUACGACGACGGUGCGACGGACGUAAGCUUCCGAAGGACACCGGACAUGAUUGAUUCACCCGAUCCGAGUGGGGGUGACAGUGCCGGUUCGAGCCCGGGAGAGGUCCAGUACCACCUGGUCGAUGACUGCUCGAAUCAGACCGUACAAAUCACCCGAUCGCGCCAGUCCAGCGAGCACUCGCCGACGAAACAAUAUCAUGCCCUCCUGCAGCACUACUCGUCGCUCGGGCCAGCGGACUAUUGCAACAAUCAAGUGCACCUCGCCGAGCGUGAGAUUAACUGUAACGACCGAUACCCGUCGCUGGAAGAACUUGCUCAAACGUCCGAACCAACGGCACCGGUGGACUAUCCGGUUUCGACCGACUACCCCAAUGUUCGGGCACAAGCGUUCACAAGUAAUCCCCGUAGGGAACCUGCGAUGCCAACGCAAAAGCCACACACCAUUCAUCGGAGUGCACUAGAAGAGGCAAGAAAUGUUAUUGAAGAGACGAUUCAGAGCAGCCCGGAGACGUUAGCCCCCGCCACAAAAAUUUAUCAGAAAGUUCCCAAAGUGAAUCCUUUCUGCGAGCUGCUGCUACAAGAGAACGACACGUGCGAUUUCUUCACCAAACAGGCAAAGUUGCAGAUCGAGGCACGAAUGGCACUGUGCCAGGCGAAGGAUAUGGCCCACAUGCAGAUGGAGAUCGAAAAACGCAGCCUUCCCCUGUCCCCCGUGACGCAGGUGAUUCAUACAGCCGUGGAAAAGGCAGGCCUUUGUCUCGCGGCAGACAAACGGCGCCUCUCCCGGUACUACCUAACCCGGUUGAAUGUGGCCCAGCUACGUACGAUCCUGCUCGAGCUGCAGGGCCACGCGGAAGUGCUGAACGAGGAGCUCGUGCAACUGCUGAUGGAGCGGGAUGACCUGCACAUCAGCCAAGACGCGACGCUGGUCGACAUCGAAGAUCUUUCGAGAUAUCUUUGUGCCAAGGAACAGACGAUUCUUCACGCCGAGCGGCAGCGAAAAAGCUAUCACUGGAGCAGCAAUAAGACCAUUUAUCACCCGAUGCAGCACCAAAUGCAGCCACAUCCUCAAUCGCAGCAGAUGCGAUCAUCGUGUGGAGCGCAGUCCACAGUUCCUGCAUAUCGUUACCAUUGAGAAAGGAAGAGAGGGAGAGUAAAAGAAACACAACCCGCAAAUCAGUCCCGCAUAAGCAACCCCCAUCGCGCAGACAGAUAGUUGUAGGAUGUAAAGCUUAGCUAAUACAGAGAUGAAAUUAUACAUUGAAAAAAAAUUACAUAUAACCCAAACGAAACACUGCAUACAAAACAAGUGGACCCAACAGCAUGAACAUUACAUACAAUAUAACAAAUAAUACUCCCACACGCACCGGUGGUGGUUUAUAAGUUGCACAAAACAGAAGAAACAUUCCCCCUGCAAAUUGCACCACACCCUUCCCUUUGCUGGACACGCAUAGUUUAACAUGGGUGUAUGGUGGCACCUCCGGUAACCCGGAGUCUCUACCUGCAGUAGGUGUAUGCAUGCUGGAAAACCGCUCUAAACUCUAAUCUUGAACGUCUAGAACAAUCAUACCAUGGGGUCAUUAAUAUGGGCAUCAAACAAACUCUCAACCGUUUCCACUUUACAUCACUACUAAACUUAACUAAAUUAAACGAACUACAAAAAAUACUAAAAAAGUUACAAUCAAUUCUCUGGUGAUAAACGAUAAUACUGCAAAUUGUUGUCUCUAUUUUCAAAAUCCAAAC